CGCUCCCCCAGUCUGCGCGACCCAGGUGCCGGCGGGCAGGAGGCGCCCGAGGAUGUGCCGCUGGCCGCUGCUCCUGUUGUGGGGGCUGCUCCCCGGCGCGGCGGCGGCGGCGGCGGCGGGGGGCUCGGGCCGAGCCCUCCCGCACCGCACCCUCCUCGACUCCGAGGGCAAGUACUGGCUGAGCUGGGGCCCGCGGGGCGGCGGGCUCGCCUUCCGCCUCGAGGUGCGCACCGCCGGCUACGUAGGCUUCGGCUUCUCGCCCACCGGGGCCAUGGCCUCGGCGGACAUCGUCGUGGGCGGAGUGGCCCACGGGCGGCCCUACCUGCAGGAUUAUUUUACAAAUGCAAAUAGAGAAUUAAAAAAAGAUGCUCAGCAAGAUUACCACCUAGAAUAUGCCAUGGAAAAUAGUACACACACAAUAAUUGAAUUUACCAGAGAACUGCAUACAUGUGACAUAAAUGACAAGAGUAUAACGGAGAGCACAGUGAGAGUGAUCUGGGCUUACCACCAUGAAGAUGUGGGAGAAGCCGGCCCCCAGUACCACGACUCCAAUCGUGGCACCAAGAGUCUGCGGCUGUUGAAUCCUGAGAAAACCAGCGUGUUGUCUACAGCCAUCCCAUACUUUGACCUGGUAAAUCAGGACGUCCCCAUCCCAAACAAAGGUACGACCUACUGGUGCCAAAUGUUUAAAAUUCCUGUGUUCCAGGAAAAGCAUCAUGUAAUAAAGGUGGAGCCAGUGAUACAGAGAGGCCACGAGAGUCUGGUCCACCACAUCCUGCUCUAUCAGUGCAGUAGCAGCUUUAAUGACAGCGUUCUGGACUAUGGCCAUGAGUGUUACCAUCCUAACAUGCCUGAUGCGUUCCUCACCUGCGAGACUGUGAUUUUUGCCUGGGCCAUUGGUGGAGAGGGUUUUUCCUACCCACCUCAUGUUGGAUUAUCCCUUGGCACACCGUUAGAUCCUCGUUAUGUGCUCCUGGAAGUCCAUUAUGACAAUCCGACAUAUAAGGAGGGCUUAAUAGAUAAUUCCGGACUGAGGUUAUUUCAUACAACAGAUAUAAGGAAAUACGAUGCUGGGGUGAUUGAGGCUGGCCUCUGGGUAAGCCUCUUCCAUACCAUCCCUCCAGGGAUGCCUGAAUUUCGGUCUGAGGGUCACUGCACUCUGGAAUGCCUAGAAGAGGCUCUGGAAGCUGAAAAGCCAAGUGGAAUCCAUGUGUUUGCUGUGCUUCUUCAUGCUCACCUGGCGGGCAGGGGCAUCAGGCUCCGUCACUUUCGCAAAGGGGAGGAAUUGAGAUUACUGGCUUAUGAUGAUGAUUUUGACUUCAAUUUUCAGGAGUUUCAGUAUCUAAAGGAAGAACAAACAAUCUUACCAGGAGAUAAUCUCAUUACUGAGUGUCGUUACAACACAAAAGAUAGAGCCCGGAUGACUUGGGGAGGAUUAAGCACCAGGAAUGAAAUGUGUCUUUCAUACCUUCUUUAUUACCCAAGAAUUAAUCUUACUCGAUGUGCAAGUAUUCCUGACAUUAUGGAACAACUUCAGUUCAUUGGCGUUAAGGAGAUCUAUAGGCCAGUCACGACCUGGCCUUUCAUUAUCAAAAGCCCCAAGCAGUAUAAAAACCUCUCUUUCAUGGACGCAAUGAAUAAAUUUAAAUGGGCUAAAAAGGAAGGUCUCUCUUUCAACAAGCUUGUCCUUAGCUUGCCGGUGAACGUGAGAUGCUCCAAGACGGACAACGCGGAGUGGUCGAUUCAAGGGAUGACAGCAUUACCUCCACAUGUGGAAAGACCGUAUAAAGCAGAGCCCUUGGUGUGUGGAACCUCUUCUUCCUCUUCUCCGCCCAGAAACCACCCUCUUGAGCUGCUCGUGUGUUUCAUGGUACUCUGCAGCCUGUUGCACAGCACCCACUUGUGGUCAUAAUUCUGUGCUGGGGGACAGUGUUUUCUGUGAUCCGAACGUGUCAGGUCAAAGACACUUUGGACAUGAAGAGCAGAGCGUGAGGAGUGUGGAGACCUUCCCGUCACACACGCCCUUCCUCCCUACACCAUCCUUCCCCGUCUACCCAAGAGAUGCUGAUUGGGUUCUCUUUCUUUUGCUGAGAUACGUCUGAUAAAAUGUAUCCAUUGCCAAUAAAGCAAAACUGGACUGACUUAACACCACCUUUUUAAAAAUUCGGACAAAGUCAAGUGGAAGUGAAAGAGUGUCUGAUUUCCUUCCAUAUUUCAUUUUAUGUAAACACUCAUCAUCGCCAUUUCACUUUUUACUUGAUCAUUUGGCUUCUAUAGUCCUUUCUCAGAAGACUUCCAUCUUAACAGCGUAAAAGGAAGCACUCUCUCUCCCCGUGUUCCUUCCUCUUUCUUGUUCUUUGGGUGUGACUUCCCCAGGGCAACAAUGGUUCUUUCUGUGUUUCAUUGUCAAUCCAAUGGGAUUGGGAAAAACCAAUGGGCCCCUUACCUCUGUGCUUUUUGAAGAUGCCCAUUCUAGUUUCUUGGUUUAUCUGAGUCUCUUGGUACCCCCAAAUGACCCCAAACCCAUCUUAAAGCAUUUCUUUAUCCUUCCCUGCUCUGCACUGGACAGGUGAGUUUAUCUUGAGCUCUAUCACUCUCUAAAAAGAAAGAAGCUAUAAGAAACACGGAAAUGGUAUAUGGUGGACUGUAGGCUGAGGAGAAAAUGUAGCUGGCUGCAAACCCCAUGCCGUGAGGGGUCCUUUAUGAGGUGUCAGGUCAAAGGGGGAUAGUCUGAGCCACCCUAGGAGGGCGUAAGGUCCCUGCAGUACCUCCCUGACCACGUUGGGUGUCACACGUGCCGCAUCCUGGCUCAAUUUGAGUCACAGUUGCUGUUGUAGAUUUAUUUUUUAUAUUAGUUAGUGAACUAACCUUCCUUAGUAGAAUGUCCCCAGUGGAAGAUCUUGUCUCCUUUUAGGUUCCCUUGGUAUAGUUCAGCCAAAUGUUGUUGUGUGUCCUUUCCUCAUUUCUUAAGCAAAGUCUUUUGGGAUCGUAUGAAUAAACUCAAUAAAAUUAAGUUUUUGUGUGGUGUCUUGUAUGCUCCUUGAGAGAAGCAAGAGAUUCAGUACUGAUGUUUCCAGCCAAAUUGAUUGAAAAUGUUGCAUUUUGUAUUCCAUUCUUUUAAGCCCUUUCUCUCCUGCAAACAAUAUCGUCUUUUGAAUAAAUACCGUAUUUUAGAGUG